UUGCAUAACUGCAACUUCUUUAUGUGCAAGGGCGCACUCUACACUGUCCUAGAUGGAACUAUACUUGACUGGCCACCGAAGAAUCGUACUCAAACCUUUACUAACUAGAGUUAAAUAAGAUGGAAGAUUUUCAAGAAACUAUUGCAGCAGUUACCGUAUUUAUCAUGAGUUUGGCGCUCCUGGUGUCACUCCCAGCAAACAUCGCUAUCCUAGCCGUCUUCUACCGAGAGCCGAAGGUUCGCGUACCUUCUGGAAUCUUCGUCCUGAACAUGGCAUGGACAGGAGUCCUUGGAGCCGUGGUCUUCGUGCUUCUUAUCCCGGACCUGUAUAUGGGGGUCGCGAUAGCUACGAGCAAUCCUGCGGCAUGUAGCGCGCGGGAGUUCCUUAACGAGAUGUACUCUGCUUCGACUCUUUUCUCCGUGUUGCUCGUCACCGGCAAUAGAUACGCAGUGGUGGUUUUGAAGCAUAGAUAUCAGGCUUAUUUUACUCGAUGUCAUUGCGCUCUCUAUGUGGGUAUCGCGUGGCUCUUAGCAUUGGCCUACGCUGCGGGUCUUACGAUAACCCAAUCACAGAACGCAGCUAUCGGCAACUUCAAGUGCAAGCUGGGAUUCAUCUACCCCGAAUCUGUGGCGGCCGUCCAACUCACCUUCCUUGGAGUUCUGUUUAUUUUAACUAUAGGGAUUACUGGAGCGUUAGGAAUGCAUUUCUACAGUCAAAGAAAGGUUCUCCCGCUACCGCUUAACUUUUAUAGCAAGGAGUCGAUAGAGCGCCGAAUGGCUCCCGGAAAAGAGCGACGUAUCGCGAAGAAUCUCCGAGUGCUUACGAUUGCCUUGGCGUCAAUUCUCGGGUGCUUUGGGCUGCAGAUUGGGGGCCUGGUUCUAGCCGUUUCCACAGGCCGGUGGUUGAGGAUGGUGUACACAUGUGGCGUGACCUGCUCCUACUUCGCAUGCUUGAUUCACCCAUAUUUAUUCGGAUACCUAAAUCGCAGGCUCAAGCAGCCUAUGAGGCGACUCUGUAGACGUGCAUGCAAUGCUGUGUUUUGUACGCACUCGCGUACCAGGAAGCUGACUCGUGUGGAGUCGAGUCUGAGUCGAAUGGAGUCGGGUAUGCCUCGGGUGGAGUCGGGAUUUAGUUUUGACUCAAGCAAGCUGAGAAUUAUUGUGUCAACCGACGAACCUAAUGAAUCUGGGGUUGAGUUAACAAGGAGCAAAAUGGAUUUGGCGGCGACACGGCAUCUCAGACCAUAAAAUGGCAGUACUAAAACGGGGAAUAGAUAGCAAGGGGCAGGGAAACGGGGUAGGAUAGGAAAAAGAGUGGUUAAUUAAUAAUAUAAUUUUACCAAUAUAAUAUACUUCAACUUGGGAUGAAGACUAAUAGGCUCCUUGUUCUUAGUGCAAGGCAUCUGUGAUAUAUCCAAGCUACAUAGCACAAGACACACUAGAGGACAAUAUACAGUAUAACUUUAUAUAAUUUUAUACAUAUUUAUAAUAUAACAUUUUCAAAUAUUAUAUAUUUUUAUGUUUUCAAUAAAACGGAUAAAGCUACAUUGAGUCAAAGCAUUAGUAGCAUCGGUAGUAAAAGCAAUUAAAAGCAUUUAUUUGCCUAA